AUGAAAAGUGCACAGAAGAUGCCUAUCAAAUGGAUGGCGCCCGAGAGCAUUCUAACGUUCACCUUCACCCAAAAGACGGAUGUUUACACGUUUGGGGUCCUAACCUACGAAAUAUUUGCUGCAAUUGGUCCAUAUGACGAUCUGAGAAACAGUGUUGUAAAAAAGAUGAUAGUGGCGGAUUUGGAAGCGCUAGCAACAGGGAUGCAGAUCAGUGAAGGAAAAACUACGGCGACGAUUGAAAUAGAUGUGGCAGCCAAGCCCAAGGAUGAAUCUAAGAAGCCAGAUACCGGCAAAUCUCCCGAAAGUAAAACGAAAGAGGUGCAGUCUGCAGAAUCCAAAAAGGCUAAGGAAGUAGUUGCACCUCUUAGUAAGGAAACUGCAAAGAAGAGUGAGAAGGAAAUCCCAUCGUCUUGUUCUUCGAAAGGAGUGAGCCCUGCUAUGAAGAGUCCGAAAGAACCCGUGAAAAAAGACGGAGCAACGGCUGAAUUGACUAUCACACAAAUCGAUAUUGAUUCACGCCGGGAGAAGGACGAUUUCAAGGAUGUAGAAAUUAGAACAAAGCCAAGCGGUCGAAGAGGUGAUUGGUGA